AUGACCCAGCGACACCGGAACAGCUGGGACUAUGUGCUGCGGAGUGGACUCGCUGGUGGCGUCGCAGGAUGUGCAGCAAAGACAGCCAUUGCGCCACUGGAUCGUGUGAAGAUCUUGUUCCAGGCAAGCAAUCCCGACUACCAAAAGUACAGUGGACGAUGGCUUGGUGUGGUGAAUGCGAUGGACAAUAUCGUCAAGCAACAGGGCGUCAUGGGCUUGUUCCAUGGCCAUAGUGCGACGAUCCUACGAAUAUUCCCAUACGCGGCAGUCAAGUACAUGGCAUUCGACAUGUUUCGCCUCGUGAUGAUGCCGACACCGCGCGACGAGACCAGUCUGCGACUUUUCUUAGCCGGAUCCAUGUCGGGUGUGCUGAGCGUGUUUAUCACAUAUCCGCUUGAACUUAUUCGUGUGCGUCUAGCUUUUGAUACCAAAACAAAACCGCAAGCUGGAAGCUUGCGCAACAUUGUCACAAACAUAUACCAUGAAGGAGCGGAAAUCGUCACGAAUGAUGGCUCACACAAAAGCACGCUUCUCAACCGCAUGCCCUUGCUGAAAUUCUACCGCGGUUUCGGAGCCACGGUCAUGGGUAUGAUCCCAUACGCAGGCACCUCGUUCCUUGUGUUUGGACGCACCAAGGCCUGGCUCUAUACGGUUCUGCUGAACAAGGAUACGCAAGGGACGCCGCUCUCGGAGCAUCCGCCACUCUUUGACCUCAACCGCACCGUCGUCGAUCUUACGGCUGGUGCUCUAGCAGGAGCCAUAUCCCAAACGGCUUCAUACCCAUUUGAAGUCAUUCGACGACGACAGCAGGUCGGUGGCUUACUUCACCCUAGCCGCAUGAUGGGAUUCACUGAAACGGUGCGAUGGAUUUACACAACACGCGGCAUCCUUGGAUUUUACAUUGGCCUUGGUAUCGGCUAUUUGAAAGUCGUCCCUAUGACAGCAAUUAGCUUUGCUGUGUGGUCAGAGAUGAAAUGCAUUUUGGGUAUAUAG